AUGGCCGAAGACUCGAAGACGGACGAGGACGGCGAAGGACUCGAAGAAGAUGAUCAAGCACUGAACAACAAAGUGAAUCAGUGGAUGCGAGGAGUUCCAACAUCUGAACCAGACCAAAUUCCACAGAGAGGAGCUCAGCAACGUCAGGACUUACCACUUCAAAUCACCGUUCAACAGAAUCAGUUGCCGUCUCAACCCGUGGUGCGGCAGGAACAGCUACAACCGCACCCCCAGCAAAAUCACUUGUUACUGCAACCCGUUGUGCAAUCGAAUCAGCUGCCGUGUCAAAUAAUUCCCGAAUUAAGACAGAUGAGGAUAGAUGUCAGUACCCAGCUUCCAUCGCGGAUCGAGAACCAUGGAGGUCAUAGCAGUGGAUUUAAUCCAGCACAACGAUCUACCCCGAGACAAAUGGCCGUGGAAGAUGAUGGACUCAACUUAUCGCGUAGCCAAGUGGCCGCUCGCCAAGCAGUAUCACGGGAACUUCCGUUGUUCAGUGGUACUCCCGAGGAGUGGCCAUUAUUUUAUUCAAGCUUCAUUACCACGACGAAUAUGUGUGGCUAUACACCAGAAGAGAAUCUGUCACGUGGCAAUCUCGAAGUCAUCGUGCAUAAUUUGAUUGCGCUGAUCAAGACCACUCCUCCUCCGAAGUCAGAAAGACUGGACACGCUUAUUGAGUUUUCUGUGGCUGUCCAGAACCUGUGUGCAACGAUCGAAGCCUGCCAGUUGGACGAAUACUCCUACAACGUUGUGCUUCUACGUGAACUCGUUGACAAGCUACCUUCAUCAUUCAAAGUUGACUGGGCGAAAUAUCGACGAACUCUUUCGUGUGUAAAUCUCACCACCUUCUCGGUAUGGUUGUGCGAUCUUGCUGAGACGGUUUGCCCGAUUGAUGCGCUACCGAGAUUUGAUUCGAAAGCAGCCGUUGGCAAAAAGGAUCAAGCGUAUUUAAACGCACACACGGAAGAGGAGGACACCGAGCGGAGCGAGACUAAUCAAUCCGUCAAGUCAUCAUCGUCUAAUCCACGAUCGCAAACCUGCCUUGUGUGUAAAUGCUGUUGCCCCAGCGUCGAUAAGUGUGCACGGUUCGCCGAACUUAGCUAUAACUCCCGAUGGGCAACAGUAAAGGAGCUUGGAUUGUGCAGAAAAUGCCUGAAGAAGCACAAAGCGUCGUGCAAAUCUCAUCAAGUUUGUGGAAAGAAUGGAUGUCAGUUCAAGCAUCAUCAGCUUCUCCACAACAACCAUCGAGAUAACUCUACGAAUGCAAAUGCUUCACGUCAGGAACCUUCACCGAUAGCUACUGUGCAGAGUACCGCAGAUAGAGAGUGCAACACACAUCUGAAGUCCACGAAUAAGACGCUAUUCCGUGUCGUUCCCGUUUUUCUAUACGGUCCUGAAAGAACUGUGAAAACCUAUGCAUUCUUAGACGAUGGAUCGUCUCUUACGUUGAUGGAUUCCGAUCUCGCGACAGAGCUAAGACUCAGUGGAAAGGCGGUACCUCUUUGUCUUCGUUGGACGAGCAACAAAAGCCGAUUUGAGAACGAUUCACUACAGCUGGACAUUGAAAUUUCUGGUAUAGAGAAGAACCAUAAAAAAUACCGGUCCGUAAACGUAAAUGAGCUAGCGUACCAGUAUCCCUAUCUGCGUGGUAUUCCGGUUGAAUCAUACCAUGAUGUACAGCUACGCAUUCUAAUUGGAAUCGACAAUGCUAACCUGACACUUCCGCUGAAAGGAAGGGAAGGAAAAUUGUGCCAACCAAUCGCCACAAAAACGCGACUGGGGUGGAUUAUACACGGUGGUACGGAGUCAAGCGAAGAGCUCGUAGGGUAUCUGUCUGCAAAGGUGUUCCUGCGAUGGGACGAACGAUGCGACACUCCAGAAUGCGUAUCAACCGAAGAUCAACGGGCUGAAAACAUCCUCAAAACAAUAACACAGGACGAAAGUGGACACUACGUAACCAGAUUGCUCUGGAAGUAUGAUGACUUCCGCCUUCCAAACAGCAAACCAAUGGCACUGCAACGGCUGCGUUGCUUAGAAUCCAGACUAAAGAAGGAUCCUGAGGUAGCAGUAGUGGUCCGUAAGCAAAUUGGUGAAUAUCUGGAGAAGGGAUACAUCCGCAAACUAUCGAAGAAGGAGUUAUCGGAGAAGAAGAAACGAGUAUGGUACCUUCCGAUCUUUCCUGUCCUCAACCCGAACAAACCGGGAAAAGUGCGCAUCGUUUGGGACGCUGCAGCAAAAACCAACGGUGUAUCCCUGAAUUCGAUGCUGCUAAUUGGGCCGGAUCAGAUGACGUCCCUCGUAUCCGUACUAAUACAGUUUCGGGAGAACAAAGUGGCUAUCUGCGGUGAUCUGAGGGAGAUGUUUCAUCAAGUGAGAAUUUCGAUGGAUGAUCAAGACUGCCAGCGAUUUCUAUGGCGGUAUAACUCGACGGACCUGGAACCGAGUACCUACGUCAUGCAAGUGAUGACGUUUGGUGCCUGUUGUUCACCAAGCUGUGCCCAGUACAUAAAAAAUAUGAACGCGGAGAAACAUGCAGGACAGUAUCCCGCCGCAGCUAAAGCAAUCAUAAAGAAUCACUAUGUGGACGAUAUGUUAGCUAGUACGGAGACGGAAGACGAAGCGAUUCAGCUGGCUCGAGAUGUUCGGCACGUCCACGCGCAAGCCGGGUUCGAGAUGCGUAAUUGGAUAUCGAACUCUCCUGCUGUUCUUACUGCUUUGCAUAACGAAUCAAUCGAUGAUAAAAGUCUGAAUCUUGGGUCGGAACUAGCCACUGAGAAGAUCCUUGGUAUGUGGUGGUGCACUGCAAUGGACAUACUCACAUUCAAGCUAUCGCCGAAGCACGAUAAUGUCUUAUUGUCAGGAAAACGACGACCAACUAAGAGAGAGGUGCUACGAACAUUGAUGGCCAUCUUCGACCCUCUGGGAUUUCUUUCACAUUUGUUAAUCUUCCUCAAAGUCCUGCUUCAGGAGAUUUGGCGCUCGGGAAUCAGUUGGGAUCAGGAAAUCCCAGAAAACAUCAAUGAGAAAUGGGAGAGGUGGCUGAAGGUGCUUCCAUCGGUACGUGAUGUCCGCAUACCAAGAUGCUACCGGUUACUCACGUCGAUAGGUUUAAAAACGGAUGUGCAGAUACAUACGUUCGUCGAUGCCAGCGAGGACGGCUAUGCAGCUGUAGUAUAUCUACGUUUUCAGCGAGGUAGCGUUGUGGAGUGUGCAAUUGUAGUGGCAAAGUCCCGGGUCGCCCCAUUGAAGUUCGUAUCGAUCCCUCGGCUCGAAUUGCAAGCCGCAGUCGUCGGAGCACGAUUAGCAAACACCGUGACUAGCAGUCUAUCCUUCAAAGUAAACAAGAAGUUCUUCUGGACCGACUCUCGCGACGUACUGUGCUGGAUACGAUCGGACCAUCGGCGCUACUCACAGUUCGUGGCCUUUCGGGUCAGUGACAUCUUGGAGACCAGCGAGAUCCCAGACUGGAAAUGGGUCGGCACCAAGGAUAAUGUCGCGGAUGAAGCUACCAAGUGGCAACGUUUGCCAGAUCUGAGAAGCGAAAGUCGGUGGUUCAAGGGACCGGAGUUUCUAUGGCAGAAGGACGACAAUUGGCCGGUCGAGCCUUUCACAACAGGUUCAACCAAGCAGGAGAUACGUGCUCACUUACUUCACCAUGAUACUGUUGUGGAAUCGUUGAUCAACGUGGAACAUUUCAGUAAUUGGAAACGACUGGUCCGCACGAUAGCAUUCGUAUUUCGGUUCUUAAGGAACAGUCGAAGCAAGCGCUCGAUGAUCCAGCGUGAAUGCGGUUCGUUGUCCAGCACAGAAUUGCAGCAAGCUUCGAACUUUCUCUUCAAAGAUGCACAGAAAAAUCAUUUCCUGAGGAAGUCAGCAUUCUUUCGAGUAGCAACGGCACAAUAA